AUGAAUGAUGAUGUGGAGCGAGGCGCGGCGCCGUUGCCGGAAGGCGGCGCGCACCGCGUGCUCAUCACGUCGGAGGAGCAGUUCAAGGUGUUCUCGCUGCCCGCGCUCAAGCCGCACAAUAAGUACAAGCUCACCGCGCACGAGGGCGCACGCGUGAGACGAACAGCGUUCGCGUGGUUCGAGUGCGUGUCGGGAGGGGAGCGGCAUCGCGAGUGGUGCCUGCUUUGCUUGACCAACUUGGGCGACUGUCUGGUGCUCAGUCCAGAGCUUCGGAGACAACUCAACGCGGCCGCCGUUCGCAAAGAGGAUAUCAAUGGAAUUUCAAGUCUAUGCUUCUCAAAGCGAGGUGAAGCUCUCUACUUGCACUCAUCCUCUGAACUUCAAAGGAUUUCUCUUUCAGCAACUAAGGUAACAAUCGCACAGUGCCACAUAGUGCUGCCAGCGUGGGCGGCUGCGCUUCGAGGACCGGCGGAAGAAACGCCUCUAACAAAUGGUGAACAUAAGGAGGAGGCAGCUGAGGCGCCGCACGACGUGACGGCCGCCUCGGGGGACAUCACGGUGGACUCCGUGCGCGACCACACCGGCGCGGAGCCGCCGCCCGAACUCAACAUCAAUCUGCAGAACUCGCAAGUGAACACGAGCUCGAUAGUGGUGAAAACAACGACGCGGACGACCAUCGCCGAGAACAACGCGGACGGUACCAACAACACUACGACCACCACUACAACCACCAGCAACAACACCGGCGAGAACAUCCUAGAGCACAGUCGCGAGGAAGGCGUCAUCACCCGCAUCGAGACGGGAACCAUAACGGUGCCGGCCGGAACCGACCCGAAGCUGAUCCUCGAGAUGUUUGACCGCCAGAGGUCGCCGCUAACCGUUCCCGUUCCACCGACGCCCACCGAAACCCACUAG